UUGUAAACGAGAAGUCACCACACCUCUCCACUAAAACCCUGAACCUUACUGAGAGAAGCAGAGCGCAGCUCAAAGAACUAAUAAAACCAGAAGAUGAGACCACCACGUGGCGGCGGGAGCUUCAGGGGACGGGGAGGAAGAGAUGGCGGCGGACGCUUUGGUGGCGGCGGCGGACGUUUUGGUGGCGGCGGUGGACGUUUUGGUGGCGGCGGUGGACGCUUUGGUGGUGGUGGAUAUCGUGACGAAGGACCUCCCAGUGAAGUCAUUGAAGUUGCGACCUUUCUCCAUGCUUGUGAGGGUGAUGCUGUGACCAAGCUCUCUCAGGCGAAGAUCCCUUACUUCAAUGCCCCAAUCUACCUGGAAAACAAGACACAGAUUGGGAAAGUUGAUGAGAUCUUUGGUGCCAUUAACGAGUCUCUGUUUUCUAUCAAGAUGAUGGAAGGUAUUGUAGCUACCUCAUACGCUGAAGGGGAUAAGUUCUACAUCGACCCUGCUAAGCUAUUACCUCUAGCGAGAUUCCUUCCACAGCCAAAGGGACAAUCAACGGGAGGUCGUGGGAGAGGCAGAGGUGCUCCUAGGGGACGUGGAGGAUUCUCUUCCAGAGGUGCUCCCAGGGGGCGUGGAGGAUUCGCCUCAAGAGGUGCUCCCAGGGGGCGUGGAGGAUUCAGAGGCCGAGGGAGAGGAGGAUACUAAUAAUCUAUCUAUUGUAGCCUUGGCUUGUAAUUUUUGCUUUUAAUCUUGGAUGAUGAAAAAUGCUUUUAAGAAACCA